GCUCAGUCCGCCAUCUCGCGAGCCUCCGUCAAGAAGAAGAUCUUCUGGUUUACAUGUAAAGUCAACUGAGGACACUCCACACCAGUUGGUGGUGGUAAUGCACCGUUUUGCUGUUUGCCAACCGCCAAUAAACCCUAUACAGAAAAAGAAGAAGUAGCUGGAGGAGCGCGAGGAGCGCGACUGGGGGUCCCGCUAAACUUCACAAGUUGACUUGCAUUGCGAAAUCGCUUUCUGCCUGAUUCGCGCGACCAAGUAUCGUGACUGACGCAAAAUAAAAUACACGCUGCAUUUUAUGCAUUCGUGCUUAUCGCAUCUGCCGCUCAAGUUGGAAAAAAUCGGACCCCAGCUUCAAGUCGCGCAACGACAACCAAUCAGGAACCUGGUGACGCGACGCUCUGGCCUAGUUCAAAGGGGCAGGUCCAGCCAAAGUCAUUUGUUCUUCAUUCAAAAUGUGGGAAAGGCUCAUCAAGGCAGUAGCCAGCCACCCAGAGCUGUAUGACAUCAACUGUGCUUUCUACCGAGACAGGAAUAAAAAGGACCUAGCUUGGAGAAAGAUUUGUAAAGAUAUAGGGCAACCUGAGGACAUCUGCAGGAGAAAGUGGAAGAGCCUCAGGGACACAUACUCCAAGGAGAAGAGGGUAGUUAAGGAGAAGAGUAGUGGGUCUGCAGCAGUAAAGGGGAGGAAAUGGAGGUUCUACACGGUCAUGGGGUUUCUGGACCCCUUCCUCACCCCGCGGGAGACUAGCUGCAAUAUGGUGCGGACCCUGGAGAACAUCCUUCCCGAGGACCAGAGACAGCCCGAAGAGGCAGCAGCGAAGUCCCAGUCAGAAGUGUCUGAUGUGGAGAGGAGGACCAGGUCUCUGCGGACACAGUACGGGAGGGUGCUGUAUCACCCGGAGAAGCUGAGCGCUGGAGAGCAGGAGAAGCUGAGCGCUGGANAGCAGGAGAAGCUGAGGGAGAAACUCUGUUUCUUGAGGCCUUACAUAGUUCGCAGGAAAGGAUAUUCAUCUCUGGCGGACAACUUUGUGGAUCAUAAUGAGAAGGAUGAAGAGGAGUUGAAGACUGAGGGGAACAUUGAUCAGGAGAUGGGCAGCUCAGUAAGCAGCCAGCUGGAUGCAGAUGGAGGUGGCCAAGACUUGGAUGAGCCCCAGUCUAUGGACUCUGCCCCGAGCUUCGCCCCACUUCAGUGUCCACAGCCUCGGGUCACAGAGGUCGUGUCUCUGAGUUGUCCGCAUCAUCGCGAUGAAGACAAUCAACCUGUUAAAACGGCACCCAAACACGACGUCCUCAACCAGUUUGCUGAGGUCAUGCUGGCUGACAUGCGGCAGGUUGAAGACCCUGUGCUGCUUAUGAGGCUCCGCAGAGACAUCACAGACCUGGUGUUCAAAGCGGUGGAGGAGGACAUGCGGAGGCGGUGUGUUCAAGCGCCAUCCUCAGUGACUGGGAAUGGCACGCAAAGCUGCUGCAAUCCUCUGCAGCUGUAUUCAAACAUCUCCUGGAGCCAGAGGCUUCUGAGGAAGAGGAGGAACAAAGGGCAUAGGACUGGAAGCAGGUCGCAGAGGCGGGAGGAGAAUAGGAGGGUGUCCAGGAGUCAGUUAGCACCACCUGUCGAUCCAGGGCAGUCAGCAGAGGGGUUGAGUGCAAACGGGCCUCAGGUUAUUCUUCAGGUGUUUGAGAUUAAAAAAGAUGGGGAGCCAGAUUUAGUAAAGAUUGAAGAUGAGCCUUUAGCCAUGGACUGACUUGAGAGUCUGUCGGGGCAAGAUGAGCAGGGUUUGGAGGGAUGGAAGAGAAGGCUGUCGUUUAUUUUCUAGUUUUUCUUUUAUUUUUGGAUCUUUCACCUCAGGGCCACCAUAGCUAGAAUUUAAACUAAAGACACAUCUCUGCCUUUGCAAAGUAAAUGUUUAUAAGCCUGUAGUUGAACUUUUGGAUGGUCUUCAUUCAGAAAACUGAAUAAGAUGAGGAAAUUAGCUUUAAACACAAGGCAGCUCUCUUUGUUACCCAGCUAAAAGAAGAAAAAAAAACUUGUCUGA